AUGGCAUGCAUGCGCGUCCUGUCGUCCAGCUAUCGUUCGGCGAUCAAGCGGGAAGGCCAAGGUUCCAAGUCAACAAUCGACACGCCGCUCUGUCCCGACCACCCUCCACCGUCAUGCUGCCACUCGCGUCCACCCCACUCCACGUACCACCUCCUCCUACUCCUCGCCGCCGUCGCCUGCACGCGACCGCCCGUCACCACGUCCAAAUCCACGGUCGAGCCCUGCACCUCCUCCACAUCCUGCCCCGCGCUGCUCUCCUACACCCUCUGCGCCGACCUCAAGCUCGCCGAGCUGGCCGCGCUCUUCGCCGCCGACCCGCUCGCCAUCCUCGCCGCCAACGCCAUGGACUUCGCCGCCCCCGACGCCACCAACCGCAUCCUCCCGGCGGGCCUCGCGCUGCGCGUGCCCGUCCCCUGCGCCUGCUCCAACGGCAUCCGCAAGGCCACCUCCGUCCGCUACGUCUCCCGCCAGGGGGACACGCUCGCCUCCAUCGCCUCGCAGGUCUACGGCGGGCUCACCGCGCCGGACUGGAUCCGGGAAUCCAGUGACAUCCUCGAGGCCGGCGCCGACGACGCGCUGGACGCCGGAGCCACGCUUGUCGUGCCGCUGCACUGCGCGUGCUUCGGCGGGGCGGACAACGGGGUGCCCGCCGUGUACCUGACGUACGUCGUGGCGAAGGGGGACACCGUGCCCGCCAUCGCCACGAGGUACCGGACCACGGCCACCGACGUGAUGAGCGUCAACGACUUGGCCACCCCCGACGUCGCCGCCGGGGACAUCAUCGUCCUCCCGCUGCCAGCGUGCUCCUCGUCCUUCCCCACCUUCACGUCGGAUUAUGGGUUGGCCGUGGCGAACGGGACCUAUGCAGUGACUGCCAAUCGCUGUGUCCAGUGCAGCUGUGGUCCGGGCAACUUGGACCUCUUCUGCGUGCCGGCGCCACUCGCGGACUCGACGUGCUCCAGCAUGCAGUGCAGCAACAGCAGCAUGAUGCUCGGCAACUUCACCCUCGUGAUGACCGGCGCUGGCUGCAGCGUCACCUCCUGCGACUACGGCGGCUACGCCAACGGCACAAUCAUCACCACGUUAACCACGACGCUCAAGCCUCUAUGCCCAGGCCAGCACCAGUUCCCGCCGCUGAUCCCGCCGCCGACGUCGUCCUUCUUCCAGACGUACCUCGGACCUUCACCGGCGCCAAUGACAUCGCGAGGAGGAAACAAUCCCACGGGCAGUCCGGACACUGUCUCCGAUGCACCUACGAUGGACCGGCACUUCAGCUGCGCUGCCGGGAUACUACUCGCGCUCUGUCUUGUCGCUACCAUGCGGCGGUAACCAUGCACCAAAAUGGAGUCUUGUGAGAGAACCUUCGAAUCUUUGAUUGAUUCUUUUUGUACAGGAGCACCUGUAUGUUUUGCCAGGGGGCUGUCAGCUGUGUUGUGCCAAAAUUUUCCUUUUACUUGCUGGUCUCAUUUGUCGUCCCACCUGUAAAAUUGGAAACGCACUCGCUUGAAUUGUUUGUGGCACGAUGAAAUUUUUUGCCCCUACUUUGU